AAACUAAAAGCAGGAAAGUUCUGCAAACUUCAUUAUUUUACUAAUAAAAGAUUAAGCAAUGCUAAAGUCACAGUCCUAGUUGGAGAGCCAGAUGCUAUCAUUAUGCUUCCUAAAGCUAAUGGUCCACACACCUGGGUCCCAGCCACUAUGGUAAAUGAUCCCAGUGCCUCAGCCAUCAUCAAAGAUGAAAACCCAACAUGGGAAGAAUUCAAUGAAGCUGGAUCUUGUAUGAUCACCAUGAUAAAGGUACAAGACUCACAUGACUGCAUUAACAUGCACAUUCAGUUUUGA